GUCACGUGACCGACUUCCCGUUUAAAUCAAGCAACUUUUAAACAGCGUCCGUUGCAGCUAUGACAACAUAGUGGUAAAGAUGGGAGGACUGACACCGCCAGGGCAAACUUUAAAAACAAGACCACGACGAAAAGCUCUGAGAUGUACUGUAGAACUAAAACUACACGCUAUCACUUGUCCAGGGGUCCUUUUACCAUCCCGUGAGGACGUGUACUUGAGCGUCCGGAUGAUGGGACAAUACCACAAAACAAAAUGUGUCUCCUCCGCCUUCCCUCUUUUGCUGCAUGAAAACAUAGUAUUUACUAAGAGGUUCACCGGAGCAUUUGAUCCUUGUGAUAUAGCUGAUCAUCUGCAGAAUGAUACAACUUGUUUGGAGCUCAUCCAGCUUGUUCCCCCAGAGGGUGAAAUUCUGGCCACAUUUGAGGAGAACACCAGAAACUUCCUAUAUCCAGGCCUAAGCCUGGUUCCCGAAUCCCCAGGUUCAGACAGAGAAGUUCUCAUGAAGAAAUCUGCCUCGUUCCCGGGGAUUUCACCCAGAGUGGAAUUUUCAACCACAUCUGUUAUUGAAGAGUGCGAUAUGAAAAGUAACCAGCCAGCUGUCUCACCACGUGGAGCUUCAACCUCUAAGGCCUGUGGUGUAAGACCAAGAAAGCCAAAGCCACCUUCAGUAGAACCAUGUGGCUACCAGAUGCCUACAGUCGCAUCACAAAGCCGCUGCCCAUCACCAUACACUCACCGUAGGAUGUGCCAACUCUCUGACGAUGCCACACAGCGUCUCCACCACCUCCAUCUCGGACCCUACACCUUUAAGAAAGACACUGCCCCUCAGCCACCUUUUGUUGUUCCUUGUAGUCCCAACUCUUCACUGAUUGAAUCUCCAACAACAGCUUCAGCUGUACAGUCUUCACCAAAGAGAAACUCCUUCCAGCAGACAUCUGUAAGAGGUCAUUCUCUGCGUGUGUGUCCUGUAUCUCCUGAGGGGAAGUCCACAUCAUUCUUCAGCAGUCCCUCUUACAGAAAAAACCCUGCUUAUCAGUCGACCCCUGUGUCCAGGAGCCCCAGGGCCCACAGUCCUUUGCUGAGCCGCUCCACACUCCGAGAAAGGUUUCAGAGCCCAUCCAGUCCUUCACAUGAGAUCCAUAGACGAGUUCAGAAGAUUUUACACACUCAUGCUACUCCCCGCAAGCUGACUUUUUGUGAAGAAGGGGAAUCUGGUCAGACUGAACCAGGUCCGUCCUGCCAUGACUCACUGCAUCACAGCCAGCUACCUGCAGACAGGGUUAUUCCUGGAGAGCCAUCUGUUCGUUUAGAUAACGGAACAUUCUGGACCAACAAAGCUGCCAAAUAUACCGGGAAGUCCCACAGAGCAGUGUUUGAGGACAGCCUUGGCAAAAUCUACAAGAACCUGUACAGAAAAGCAUCAAGUCCCACACACACUGACUCACAAAGCACCUGGACAUAGUCACCUCUCUGGAUGCCUAGUUUUCCUUUAAACCAGCUAGGGCUUAUUUAUUUCUUCAAAAUCCAAACCAAAGAUUCUGUGCUAAUAUUUUUAAGCCAUGCACAAUAAUAAUGUGUCCUGGUUAUAUAAUGCUGAUUACUUAAAACAAGGAAUCAAGGCAGGAUAAUCAACAACAGGAAGGUGUGACUCAAUGUUUUUGUUAAUUAUACAGUGACACACCUCGCUUUUGUUUUGUCUUGAGGCAACUUGUCAAGUUAUUAAGAAGAACUGAGUGUAACCAAACCGUUCUACAUCUCUGACACUAGGGAAUUAUUCUAAAUAAACCUUUUACAGAAAGCUUCA